GGUUAAAAUGCGUAGACGUGACACGCAAAUGGAUGGAUUCAGGUUUGGGUCUGAAACCAGAUUGAGAAAGUGGAUUGAGAGCAGAUGGAUGUCUUCACAGGCUCUGUAUCUGUUAACAGAUAUGUUCAUGAAGCAGCUCUGUCCUCGCUCCUUUAGCUCCUGUUCACAUUGGAUGUUUAUUCCCACAGAGGCUCAGGAUGCUUCCUGUUUCCAUAUAUGGCAGUGAGUGUGAGCUUUAUAAAAGUCCCUGUUUGUUCCUCAGACUCUGAUCUGGAUCGUCCAUCUGACAGCAGCUCUUCAGGAUGUGCGUGUCGAGGUGUCUGCGAUGUGUCGGUGUCUCUCUGGUUCCCAUGGCGAUCGUCUGUAUGCUGUCCAACAUCCUGCUGCUGCUUCCUGAACUGAAGAUCCGCUUCCUGUUGGAGGGUCAUGUGACCAGAGAGGCCACCUGGGCCACGGGGCUGUGGGGGUCUGGCUUCCUGGUUCUGCUUGGAGCCCGAGCGUUUGUGCAGAGCAGCAAAACUAGAGGCUGCUGUGCUUUCAGAAGUGAGAUGUUGUGUCAGGUGGCGUACUCCUGUAUGUGUCUGCUGGCUGCUGGGAUCUGCUGUCUGGUCAGUGCCACCGGUCUCUCCCAGGGUCCUCUCUGUCUGUACAACGCCACCUCCGGUUCCACCUGGGGGGUCCCACUACAACCUGAUCCAAACCGUCACGCAGGCUAUCUCUACAACAGGACUCUGUGGUCUGGAGUGUGUCUGGAGCCCAGAGGGGUGGUUCAGUGGAACGUGGCUCUGUUCAGUGUGAUGGGGGGCUCCAGCGGGCUGCAGACUCUCCUCUGUGCUGCCAACAUCCUCAACUCACUGUUGGGGCUGAUCCUGGGACAGGGCUUCUGCCACAACAAGGUCAGUCCAGUUUCCGUUUGACAGGCCAUCCUGGAUCCUGAAUGAGGACAUCAGCUCUGACAAACCCUUCACAGUGUAAAGUUAUGAAGCUAUUAUUUUCAGGUAACAAAGCACUGAUGCACUUUAGAUAAAAGAACAUAGAGGUAAAUAAUUUUCACAUCUGCACGAUGAACCAUGUUCAGAUAUGAAUUCUUGUUAUAUUUUUAACUACUGUUAAAGUUCUUCAUAAUCAACAUUAAAACAAAACAAUGCCACAUCUUAAAGGACGAGGCCCCAUUACUAUCGGCCAAUCAAUCAAUGAAUCAAUAAUAACUUGACAUUUGAUCAAUAUAUUUGAUAAACUAUAUACAAGUGAACAAUAGUCUAAAACUUUACAAAGAAUAAAUGUUAAAUGAGUGAAAAUAAAUGAACAAUACAUCAUUUAAAGUAAAUUUAUUAACAUUUAAUCUUUUGUUAUUUUACCAUAAAUGAUUAUUAGCUUAUUUUGUUUAGUUUUUAUGGAGUCAUUAGUUUUUAAGCUAACAGCUGAUUUAUUGUAUUUAGUAAUGUAAAUGUUUUUAUUGUAGAACACUAGAGACAUGAUUUAUAUUGUAUUUGAUCAAUAAGUUGUGACUCGGGGUGUGCGGAUUAUAUCAUCACGAUAUGUGGGUAUAAUUAGAUAAUGCCAGUAGUGGAGUGGAGGAGUGAAAAAGGGGAAUGACUUUAUGAGUGUUGAAGUGGUUCAGUCCCAAAUGAUCAGCUGUACAACAAACCACGAUAACUUUAAUAAUAAUCCGUUUUAUUUAUAGAGAGCUUUUCAUGCUACUCAAAGACACUUCACAUGGUUAAAUAAGGUCAUUAAACCACAUUAAAAAUAUGUCCAUACGGGAGUCCCGCACAGUACCGACUGAAGUAAACUUGCACACAAUAACAUUACAUACAUACAAGAUUUGAAAUAAUUUGACAUUUUUCUGGCCCGCCAUGUAACGGCCUGAAAAGAAUUUUGGCUCGAUGCCUAACUUAUUUGCCGAAUGCUGUUCUAAACCAUCGCCAGUAAUAUCAUUUUUGCAGCAAUAUCGUGAUGAUAUCGGCCAGCCCUAGUUCUGACCAACAGAAAGCCUCACAUCUCAUUCAGCUGUUUCUUUGUGCAUUUUAUUUAUUCAUGUAUUUGUACGUUCUUCUUCUAAAUUAAAAGACAACUUGUAAAUUUA